AUGGCCCGCAUCCAAGAGUACUUUUUAACUCUUUUGGCUUCAGUGCUGCUAAUUUCCGGCGACAUGGCCGCCGGAGUUGCAUCCGGCGAAACAAACAGCCUCUCUGUCUCUAUUAUCAAGUCCUCAUGUGGCAGCACUCGCUACCCAGAUUUAUGCUAUUCUUCGCUGGCCAGCAACCCAGGAGUGAGAAGCAAGAAGGAUGUGAUAGAGGCGUCGUUGAACAACACCAUUAAAGUUGCUCAAACAAACAGGGCCAACGUCCAAAAGCUCAUGGCUUCGACAACCAACUACACCAAACGCGAAAAGAUAGCGUUGAGUGAUUGUUUAGAGACCAUAGAUCAAGCCCUCUUCCAGCUAAAUACAGCUCUUCAAGAUCUUCGUCUUUAUCCCACCAAGAAAUCUAUUGUCGCCCAUGCAGAUGACCUUAAAACCUUAAUGAGUGCAGCGAUGACGAAUCAAGAAACUUGUCUGGAUGGAUUCUCCCACUGUAAAGCCGACCACAAUGCCCGUAAACCUAUCUUCAACGGACAAGUUCACGUCGAAAAACUGUGUAGCAAUUGUCUGGCGUUGAUCAAGAACAUGACUGAUACCGAUAGGCAAAAUGAGAUUAAGGCGAGUGGAAAUAGGAAGUUGAAGGAAGUGGAGGGCGGCGGCGAGUGGCCGGAGUGGUUGUCGGCCGGAGAUAGGAGGCUGUUGCAAUCAACGGCGGCGACCCCGAAUGUGGUGGUGGCGGCGGACGGCAGCGGAAACUACCGGACGGUGUCGGAGGCGGUGAAGAACGCACCUUCAAAGAGUAGCAAGAGAUAUGUAAUUAGGAUUAAGGCAGGGACUUACAAAGAAAAUGUAGAAGUUCCCAAGUCCAAGACAAACAUAAUGUUCAUCGGUGAUGGGAGGGGCAAAACCGUCAUUACCGGAAAUAGAAACGUCAUAGAUGGUAGCACAACUUUCAAUUCUGCCACAGUUGCUGUAGUAGGAGAGCGAUUCUUGGCUCGGGACAUAACGUUCCAGAAUACGGCGGGCCCAUCCAAGGAACAAGCCGUGGCGCUUCGGGUUGGAUCAGAUCUCUCCGCAUUUUACAAUUGUGAAAUGAAAGCCUACCAAGACACCUUAUACGUCCACUCCAACCGCCAAUUCUACGUCAAAUGCCUAAUCUCCGGCACCGUCGACUUCAUCUUCGGCAACGCCGCCGCCGUCUUCCAAGACUGCGACAUCCAGCCCCGCCGCCCCAACUCCGGCCAAAAGAACAUGCUCACCGCCCAAGGCCGAACCGACCCGAACCAGAACACCGGGAUAGUGAUCCAAAAGUGCCGCAUCGCCGCAUCCUCCGACCUCAAGCCCGUCCAGAAGAGCUUCCCGACGUAUCUUGGGCGGCCGUGGAAGGAGUACUCGAGGACCGUGGUGAUGCAGUCGUCGAUCAGCGACGUGGUUCAUCUCGCCGGGUGGCACGAGUGGAGUGGGAGCUUUGCGGUGAACACUUUGUUCUACGGAGAGCAUUCCAACACCGGCGCCGGCGCGGCGACAUCGCAGAGGGUGAAAUGGAAAGGGUUCAAGGUGAUUAGUAGUGCUACUGAGGCUCAGAGUUAUACUGCUGGACGGUUUAUUUCUGGUUCCAAUUGGUUGGGAUCCACUGGUUUUCCCUUUUCACUUGGUUUGUAA